AUGUCGGGUUUCAACAACGGUCCCGUGAGCCAGAGCGGCCAGGCACAAAACAUCAUUGAUGAGCAGAAGUCCAACUUCGGCUCCACAGUACAAGCUGAAAUUGGUGCCAACGCCGGGGCUUCUGGCGAGGCUAUCAAGGAUAAGAUCGACGAUGCAGUACCCAAAGGGCCUAAGAAGGCCGAUGCGUCCAGCGGCGGUAGGGUGCAGGUUGCCGAGACGGGCGACUUGCACGAUCUGGCAGCCAGGAGGCAAUCCUAA